UGUCUAUGGUUUUCGCUUGUUGUGCCGGUGAAUGGCUGAAUUUCGAUAACAACAAUUUGUUCAUCAGAUAUUUGUGAUUAUUACUGUGUUGAGAAGUGCGUCAAGAUGGGAGUCACUGUAUUGCAGCAAUUUCCCACGAUGGAAAAUCGUACGGGUCCGCAGACCAUUGAAUUCUUGACGAAGAGAAUUCUAGCCCUCGGUGCUGUGCAAAGUGGCCACUUCUUGGUUGAUUGCGAGACUUAUAUGUCAAUUCCUCAGUUCGCUGUUCAAAGGACAGUGCACGUAUUACAUAAUUCCGAACAGCCAGCGUCAGUAUUCGCAAUUUUAGAAUCCGGCACUAAAGUUGUUCCACUUAUUGCUGACGGACUCUUUGAUCUUCUUAUGCUUAAAAUCGGUGCAAUCUACACAAGCAAGAAACAGACGAAAAUUGAAUCCAAAGGUCCGAGAUUUGAAAUUGGUGAUUUCUGUGUUAAACUUGGAAGUGUCACCAUGAGCCAGAAUUUCAAAGGAGUGCUUGUCGAGGUGGAAUACAGACCCUGCGUGUUACCCAGCGCCGCUUGGGAACUUAUGCGAGAAUUCCUGCAAGGUUUUCUCGGCGCAACUGUUUCAAAUCAGCCUCCUCAGUAUUUACAGAAUCGCAUGAAUGAGAUUUAUCAACCAAUGGACACCAUUCAGCAAUAUUUAGAACAUUUUGGGCAAUAUCGAAAGACAACUGGUGUCAUUUAAACUAUAAAAUCAACAGCUCCAAUUUGUGAAAUUUUUUUUUAACAAUUCUUCGCUGUAAAAUACACUAGUAUUAAUUUUUUUGAAUA